GUGAUCCCCGAGGACCGAGUUGCGGCGGAGGACCCCGGCAGCAGUGCCAGGUUCGGGACCAUGAGCUGGAUUCCUUUCAAGAUCGGGCAGCCCAAGAAACAGAUUGUCCCCAAAACAAAUGGGACAGGAAGAGAAUCAUAUCUUCUUGGAAAGUUAGAGCUGGAAGCCCUUAGAGAUCAUCUAAUUCAACCUCCUGAUUUUUCCUGAUGAGGAAACCAAGACCAUGGAGUCACAGUGACUUUCUAAGGUGGAGAGAGACUUUGAAAGGGAGUAUGGAAAACUCCAGCAGCUGGAAGAGCAGACCAGGAAGCUACAAAAGGACAUGAAGAAGAGCACGGAUGCUGACCUGGCCAUGUCCAAAUCUGCUGUGAAGAUAUCCUUGGACUUGCUCUCCAACCCCCUCUGUGAGCAAGACCAGGACUUUCUGAACAUGGUGACAGCCCUAGACACGGCCAUGAAACGGAUGGAUGCCUUCAACCAGGAAAAGGUGAACCAGAUUCAAAAGACCGUGAUCGAGCCCUUAAAAAAGUUCGGCAGUGUCUUCCCGAGUCUCAACAUGGCCGUGAAACGGAGGGAGCAGGCCUUGCAGGACUACAGGAGGCUGCAGGCCAAGGUGGAGAAGUACGAGGAGAAGGAGAAGACAGGGCCGGUGCUGGCCAAACUCCACCAGGCCCGAGAAGAGCUUCGGCCUGUGCGGGACGACUUCGAGGCCAAGAACAAGCAGCUCCUGGACGAGAUGCCACGGUUCUACAACAGCCGACUCGACUACUUCCAGCCCAGCUUUGAGUCCCUGAUCCGUGCACAGGUUGUCUACUACUCUGAAAUGCAUAAAAUCUUCGGAGACCUGACUCAGCAGCUUGACCAGCCAGGCCCCCCUGACGAGCAGCGGGAGCGGGAGAAUGAGGCCAAACUGAGCGAGCUCAGAGCCCUCUCUAUUGUGGCUGAUGACUGAGUCCCACCCCGUCAGAAGACUCCCGGGACACAAGUCGGCCUCUCUACUCUUGGCCCUUUUCAAGCUUAGGAUCAGGCAUCAGCCAGCAAAGGCCCUUCCUGGGAGAAGCGUGGCUGGCACCCAAGCAAGCUGCUGUCUCCCCAUCCAUAGAAGGAGCCUUCAGACAGGUAAGAGGCCUAGAAAACCCCAGGGGUUACUUCCAGAGGAACCGUCCAAAGUCUCCUGGCCCAGGGCCAGAGUAGGCUCCCAGCCUGCCAAGGGCAUGGGCUCUGUCAGCUCACCUUGCCAUCUCAGCCUUGCUUAUGUGGUUGGGAUCACAUCUACCUCCAAAGACCCCUGCUGGGGAGUCCACGUACCCUGCUGCCUCCCCCCCCACACACACCCCGCACUCUCCUUUUCUGAGAGGGCCUCGACACUGCCUUGGGGGGUGUGAGCAUCAUGGUCCCCCCACCAUGACAGGCCUUUCACUCUAGCCUCCCAGCAUGGCAAAGGCUGGCUUAGCCCACUUCUGUCCUUUAGGUCAAGUGCAGGAAAGACCCUAAGUCUUGUAGGUUCCCUAGAAAACUAGGACUCAACUCAUGUAAAUAUCUUACCACUAAAAAACAGACUGAUUCACAGGCCUCAAAGUAAGAACAGUGGAUUUGUGUCUCACCUGAAUAUUUGGAAUUUUAUUUUUUCAUUAAAGUUUUCAAUAAAAUUUCCAUGUA